AUGCCAGAAAUAAAGAAAUUGCCAAAAGACUUCCUGUGGGGUUAUGCCACUGCCAGUUACCAGGUUGAAGGGGCCUGCGAGCAAGAUGGUAGAGAGCUAUCUAUUUGGGACACUUUCAGCAGAGAUCCUACUCACACCGAAGAUGGAAAGAGUGGUGAUGUUGCUACUGAUAGCUACAAUCGCUGGGAAGAAGACAUUGCUUUGAUGAAGAGCUACGGGGUCAAUGCCUACAGGUUCUCUCUAUCCUGGAGCAGAAUCAUCCCCAAAGGUGGAAGGGACGAUCCAGUCAAUCCAGAAGGAAUAGCUUUUUACAGAAAUUUUAUUCUAAAGCUUUUGGAAAACGGGAUCAAGCCAAUGCCAACCAUUUUUCAUUGGGAUACGCCACAGGCUCUUCAGGACAAAUAUUUGGGGUUCUUGAACAAGGACGAGAUUGUUCAGGACUUUGUUCGUUACGCAGACGUCUGUUUCGAGAAUUUCGGUGACUUGGUUGAAACUUGGUUGACUAUUAAUGAACCAAAUAUCUACUCCAUCCUGGGUCAUUGCAUUGGUGCACAUGCUCCGGGUAGAUCUAGUGAUAGAACAAAAAGCCCCGAGGGCAACAGUUUGACCGAGCCAUACAUCGUUGGUCAUUCGCUGUUGGUCUGCCAUGCUCGUACAAUAAACCUCUGGAGGACCAAAUACAAGCAAAAGUAUCCUCACGUGAAGCUUGGAAUUGUUAUCAACGUGAACUGGGGAGAACCUUACGAUAGCUCGGAAGGUUCGAAGGAAGCUGCCGAGGAGUUCAUGCACAAGGCUUCUCUGUGGCUCUCUGAUCCUGUUUAUUUUGGUGAUUAUUCUGAUUACCUCAAAAGUAAGGUUGGUGAUAGACUCCCGGUAUUCACCGAGGAAGAAAAAAGCCUGCUUAAGGGAUCGAACGACUUCUUCGGCCUUAACCACUACACGGCCUACUACAUCAAGAAGCGUACCACUCCGAUUGGACCCACUGACUUCAUGGCUCAACUCAUGCCGGAUAUUGAGCCUACUCAAAUUGGAAGCGAUGGUAAGGAGAUUGGACCUAAAGCUGGACUUUCAUGGGUUCGUCCAGUUGCAUGGGGAUUCAGGAAAUUGCUUGAGUAUCUCUACGAUCGCUACCACCAGGACAUCUACAUCACCGAAAAUGGAGUUAUUUGUCCCAACGAGCGCAAUCUCCCACGUGAAGUUGGGCUCAAGGAUCAGUUCAGAAUUGACUAUUUCAAAGACUACGCGAACCAGAUUAUUGAUCUUGUCAAUGAAGGCAGAGUUCCAGUCAAGAGUUACAUCAUUUGGUCUUUCCUUGACAACUUCGAGUGGCAGGAGGGCUUCACAAGAUUUGGAGUAACCUGGGUUGAUUUCGAUGACAAACUCACCAGAUAUCCAAAAGAUUCUGCUGGCUACAUUAAGAAAUUCUUUGAGGAUCACUUAGAGAAAUAA